GCGCUAUAUAAUAGGCGGCUUGUGUUGCGAUCGUGGUAAAACACAUCAUGCAAUUCUUAAAGAUUCCAAAGAUUGCACAAAUGUCCUGUGUCAUAUAACACUAAUAAGUAGUGACUACUUGCGGCAAGGAAACGAGCAAAAGGGAUGCGCGCUUGGAAUCGGGAUUUCUUCCCGCGAGAUUUGGAGACUUGCGCGAAUGCCACGUCUCGGCGAGCAGCUAGCAUAGCCAUAGGUAAAUACAAUGGGCCACUUACAUCUGCUGGCGGCGACGCUGGCCACAUCUGCUCUCGUGCUGUUGUUGGCCUCGCAUCUGAGCGACGCUCACGGCCACUCGCAUGACCACCAUCAUGGGCACGGGCACGGAGAUGAGCACCACCACCACCACAGCCACCACAGUCACUCGCACGGCCCGGAGGCGAAGAUGUUCCACGGCGCCAGCAAGUGGAGCGCCGAGGCCAACCUGCCGCCAGAGGAGGAGGAAGUGGGGGAACGCCACAGGCACGACGAGCAUUGGCACGGUCAUGACGAUGACCACGGACAUGAGCAUGUGCAAAACGAUGACCACGUACACGCCGGUGACCACGACCAUGCGCACGCUGAUGCCCGCGGGCACGACCACGGUCGGUCACACAGCCACGAUCACGACCACGGCCACGCACACAAAGAGCCGAAGAGCGACGCAGAGAAGCGGGACGUGCUGGAGCUGUGGAUGCAGGCCAUCGGCGCCACGCUGCUCAUCAGCGCCGCGCCGUUCCUCAUCCUCUUCCUCAUCCCGGUUCAGUCCAACAGCGACCAGCACCAGAGCUUGCUCAAGGUGCUGCUGAGCUUUGCGUCGGGAGGCCUGCUGGGCGACGCCUUCCUUCACCUCAUACCGCACGCUCUGGAGCCGCACUCUCACCACGGCGACACCACGCACGCCGCCGAGGAGUCGCACGGCCACGGCCAUUCGCACGGCGCCGCCCACGAUCACAUGAUGUCAGUGGGCCUGUGGGUGCUGGGUGGCAUUGUCGCCUUUUUGAUUGUGGAGAAGUUUGUGCGCUUUCUGAAGGGAGGCCACUCCCAUGGGCACUCACACCCUCUUGUCAAGGAGAAGGACAGCGAUGGUGAAGACAAGAAAGCACCAAAAAAGAAGGUGGCGAAGAGUGCUGACAUCAAGGUGUCUGGCUACCUGAACUUGGCGGCCGACUUUACUCACAACUUCACGGACGGCCUGGCCAUCGGCGCAUCUUUCCUGGUGGGCCCGGCGGUGGGCGCCAUCACCACCCUGACCAUCCUGCUGCACGAGGUGCCGCACGAGAUCGGAGACUUUGCCAUCCUGGUCCAAUCCGGCUGCACCAAGAGGAAGGCCAUGUCUCUGCAACUGGUCACCGCCGUGGGAGCGCUGGCCGGCACCGCCUGCUCGCUGCUGGCCGAAGGCGCGGGCGCGGCAGCCACCACGUGGAUCCUGCCCUUCACGGCGGGCGGCUUCAUUUACAUCGCCACGGUGACAGUCCUCCCGGAGCUUCUGGCCGGCCGCUCCACUUUCGGCCAGUCGCUGAUGGAGAUUCUGGCCCUGCUAUUCGGCGUCGGCAUGAUGGUUCUGAUCGCAGAGUACGAGUGAAAAAAA